GAGAGCCGGAGAUUGGGAGUGUCUGCUAGAGAGACAGCCCAGGCAGGGAGUGUCUGCGGGACGUCCAGGGCAGGGAGGAGACUGCACGCUGCUGCAGAGAGAGAGCAACAGCCCAAAAACAAUUGCCAGGAAGGGUGAGACUGCAAACGCUGCUGCUGCACCCGGAGACCCUCACCCGCCGCCGCUGCCAGGCUCCUCUGCUGCACAGAAGUAAACUCAGAUCUGUUGGGGAGCCAAGAUGAGUGAGGAAGUGAUUGUUCCAGUGUACGCUACAGGGAUCUCUGCCCAGCUGCAGAAGCAACGAGACCAGGAGCUGGGUAUAGGAAAACAUGAAAACGCUGUGAAGUUCUUGGGGCAAGAUUACGAUCGGAUUCUGCAGGACUGUUUGCAGAGUAGGACUCUCUUCAAGGAUGACACCUUUCCUCCCUCUCCUUACUCAUUGGGUUUUAAGGAGCUUGGUCCAAACUCAUCUAAGACCUACGGAGUUAAAUGGGUCCGACCUUCGCAAAUUGUCUCCAAUCCCCAAUUUAUUGUAGAUGGCGCCACAAGAACCGACAUUUGCCAAGGGGCUCUGGGUGACUGUUGGCUCCUCGCUGCCAUUGCUUCUCUCACGCUAAACGACACUAUUCUCCAUCGUGUGGUUCCCCAUGGCCAGAGCUUCCAGGAGAAUUAUGCAGGAGUCUUCCAUUUCCAGCUUUGGCAGUAUGGCGAGUGGGUAGAUGUCGUUGUGGAUGACUUGCUCCCAGUUAAAGAUGGGAAACUUGUUUUUGUGCACUCAGCUGCAGGGAAUGAAUUCUGGAGUGCGCUGCUGGAAAAGGCCUAUGCUAAAGCUAAUGGGAGUUAUGAGGCUCUGUCUGGAGGAAGUACCUCAGAAGGUUUUGAAGACUUUACAGGAGGCGUUACGGAGUGGUACGAGCUGAAGAAACCUCCUGCAGACCUUUAUACCAUAAUUUUAAAGGCUUUGGAGAGGGGUUCCCUUAUGGGUUGCUCUAUUGAUAUCACUAGUGCAACUGACAUGGAAGCUGUAACGUUCAAGAAACUGGUCAAAGGCCAUGCUUAUUCCGUAACUGGCGCCAAAGAGGUCAACUACAGAGGUCAGAGCACAAAACUAAUUAGAAUGAGGAACCCUUGGGGCGAGGUAGAAUGGACUGGUGCCUGGAGUGAUAAUUCAAAUGAGUGGAAUUCUGUGGAUCCAUCAGAGAGAGAUCUGAGACUUAAAAUGGAGGAUGGUGAAUUUUGGAUGUCUUUCCAAGAUUUCCUUCGGGAAUACACACGCCUCGAGAUUUGUAAUCUUACCCCUGAUUCCCUGAAAGCCCGCAGAUAUCGCAAGUGGAGCACAACUCUUUACAAUGGGACUUGGAGGAAGGGGAGCACGGCCGGUGGUUGCAGAAACUAUCCUGCCACAUUCUGGAUAAACCCGCAGUUCAAAAUUAAGUUGGAAGACGAAGAUGAGGAUGACGACUAUGGCUCAGAGAAGGGCUGCACCUUUCUCCUUGCACUAAUGCAGAAAAACCGUCGAAAAGAGAGACGAUUUGGGAAGGACAUGGAAACCAUUGGCUUUGCCGUGUAUGAGGUCCCCAGGGAGUUUUUGGGUCAAUCAGCUGUGCACCUUAAGCGAGACUUCUUCCUAUCAAACUCCUCACGUGCGCGUUCCGAGCAGUUCAUUAACCUGCGAGAAGUCAGCACCCGACACAAGCUUCCCCCUGGGGAAUAUAUAGUGGUACCGUCCACUUAUGAACCCAAUGUGGAAGGAGAUUUUGUCCUGAGAGUCUUCUCAGAAAAUCGUCACGGAACUGUGGAAAUGGAUGAUCCAAUAACUGCCAAUCUGCCCACUGAGGAAACAUUGUCUGAAGGACAAAUUGAUGAAGCAUUUAAGACCCUUUUCAGGCAGCUUGCUGGAGCGGAUAUGGAAGUUAGUGUGCAGGAGCUACAGACCAUAUUAAACAAAAUUAUAUCAAAACAUAAAGACCUUCGCACUAAAGGGUUUAGUUUGGAGUCCUGUCGCAGCAUGGUGAACCUCAUGGAUAAAGAUGGGAAUGGACAGUUAGGAAUGGUGGAGUUCAACAUCCUGUGGAAUAAAAUCAAGAAUUACCUGACUGUUUUCAGAAAGUUUGACAUGGAUAAGUCUGGAAGCAUGAAUGCCUAUGAGAUGCGCCUAGCUGUGGAGUUUGCAGGUUUCAAAUUGAGCAAUUCCCUGCACCAGCUCAUUAUCACAAGAUACGCAGAGCCUGAUCUAGCAGUGGAUUUUGAUAGCUUUGUGUGUUGUCUGAUUAGACUCGAGACCAUGUUCCGAUUUUUCCAGGGAAUGGAUACAGAUAAAGAUGGUGUCAUCAACUUUAGCCUAUUCACAUGGCUCCAAAUGACGAUGUUUGCAUAGUAAAUCCCUGACCUGCAUGGGCUGGUUCCGUCAACGCUCCUGUAAUCAAAUGCAAGUGCCUUUUCACUCUCUGCCCCUUUGCCAAAGCAAUGCAAUGAGGCAUGUCUCUCGGUGGUCUCUCUCCUGCGUCUGCUGUUCCGCGGUCCCCCUGUCUCUGUAGGAUGCAUUCUGUGUUACUCGUCAUUAUUUUGGUCCCUGAUCAGUCCUUUUCUUCCUUCAAAUGUGUGAACAUCUGGGAUAACAAACUAAUUCACCUGUCAGAGAGAAAUCUGCCAAAAUUCUGCUGAACCUCAGGUACUCUAGGAGUAGAGAUGUACCUCUUGGGGGGCGUGCCCGUGGGCAGAUGUCUUACAUGACAUUAUUUACACUUCCUUGUUUUGUACUGAUUUGUAAAAGCAAAAAUAAAGAUUAUCAUGCUGUAUCCUACUCCGAAGCGAGCAACGCUCCUGAACUGUAAAUAGAAUCUUACUUUGUAUUGCAUUGCUUUCAACAACAGACUUUUAUAUAUCUGAGAAA